AGUGGGAUAUAAUUUAGUUGACGAAUUAAUGAAUUUGGUAAAUGAUGACUAAAGCCUUGACGGACCGAUGAUGCCUCCGCACGUAAAUUUGCUAAUGCGUAUAACUAGGGUAUUGUGUGGCGAAUACCAACCAGCGUACGCACGGCGAGUUUUGCACUCCUUUAUUAGGAUAUUUUGUGCAUAACGUAUUUGUAAAUCUAUAAACUUAAUCGUUUGCUAUGUUAAGAUUGCGUAUUGCAAUGCGCAUAUGAUUGACAGUCGGUGAUUUCUGUGAUUGUUAAAGUAAGAAGUGGUGGGUUCUCGUAAUUAUAAUCAGUCGGAUAUUGAGAGCCCUAGUGUUAUAAAAUAAGGCAGUGUGCGUAAAAUUAGCUGAGAAUGAGCAUAGAAUUAAAAAUGAACAUUUAUUAUUCGCGUCACGCGUAGCGUCGAUAAGAAUUCUACGUGAUUCAUGCGGAACUCGUUACACUUGCCGAAAUAUAUGAUAAUUCUUAUCUUAUCAUAAUUCAUGGUUAUUGUUGCUUUUAUUCUGUUCGGGGUUACCUCUUAUCUCACCUGCGAUGCCAGAUACAGCUGAUCCCUGUACAUCUGCAUCAGUAUUUGCAAUGUGAUCAAAUUGUUUUCAUCUAGUGUGCAGUUUUCCUAUGGGAGUUAUGAUCUUGCUGGAUGAAUUGUGGUUAAUGGUCUUUAUUUAGUAUGCAUGGCGUAAGGUCGUUUUGAGCAUUAAUUUUGGGGUCGACCUGUUAUGUGAACUUCGCGAUGCCGCCAAAGAAAACGCAAAACGAUGAUCAGGGUGCACAAACGAAUGAGACGGGUGAUCCUUACACCGGGAUCUAUGCAAACCUGCUGGCCCAGAUGAGCUCACUCUCCGAACAGGUGAAAGAACUACGUGACUCUGUGCAACAGAUGCAACAAUUUCAGCAGGAUCAUUCCGCGAUGCAGUCAUUACCGCCAGAUUCCGAGACGAGACACACCGCAUGUUAGCUUCGGAAAGCUUCAGCCGCCAGUGACAUCGCCUGCGCGAAUUUACGUUGAAAGGGAGACGAUUCCGAUCUUCGAGGCCAAGACUCCUGCAUCCGAUCCCCUUCGGAGGAACCGAGAAGUGGAAGCGUGGCUACGAAGGAUUGAACUCGCGACGGAUGCUGGAGAUGAUGCGGCCAGGAUUCGACAGGCGCGAUCGUCUUCUCGUGGGUGUGCGGAGCUGAUAAUCAACAGUCCACUGUUUGAUUUCAUUCAUAAUUGGGUUGAUUUCAAAGCGCUGAUAAAGGAGAAGUUUUGUGGCACCAGUUCCCCUGCUGAUUUUUAUCGACAUUUAGAAAGCAUACGGUUGUUACCCGGACAAGCACCACUUGAUAUCUUCAUGGCAAUAGAAGCAGCAGUAUACCAAGGCAAGAGAGAACACCCAGAUGCUGUGGGAGAUCCGGAAGAAUUGGCCAGGAGAACAUUUUUGCAAUCUUUACCUGGGUGGCUUCGCGAAAUGCUUUCACUUUGUGAGGAUGUUCCUUUGAAAUUGCUUGUAAAUAAGGCCGGAAACCUUUGGAGUUGCCGAGCUGAUAAAGCUCCCCGUAUCGAAGGAACACGUCGUCCCGCCGUCGUUGCAGCAGCCACUACUCCAUCUCCUCCUGCAACCUACUGCGCCUACCAUCGUUCAAAGACCCACUCAACCUCCACGUGUCGAGCUAAACCACAAGGACGGGUAUGCUGGUCCUGCAAAUCUACAGAUCAUUUACGUAAGAACUGUCCCUUUCGCGAAAGCCAGCCUUAUACAGCCCCACGUGAAGUCGCUGGCAGAUCAACCACAGGUGAAAGGGCAAGUAUUGAACACGACUAUGAUUAGGAAUCAGAACUUAACCGGGAGACCCGUCAUUACGAUGGACGUUGGUGGUAGUUUAGUGAAGGCUUUUAUAGACACUGGGUCGUCUGCAACAUUGAUGAAGUAUAGUUUGUGCAGUAAGGUGUCGUUUAUGUCGAAGGCAAGACCGGCUAGACGCUUGUUGGGUGUAACUGGAACGUUGUUAUCAACUGCUGAGGAAAGAGAUGUUAAGUUUGUGUUAAGUCCACGUUUGUCAUGUAUACACCGUGUGAUCAUUGUUGAAAAUGUGCAGUUCCCUGGUGAAGCAUUGUUGGGUAUAGACUUCUUAAGAAGAUUCUCAUUUAAAUUUGUUUACCGUCACCCACCAGCUAAAUCUUGUAUAACUCUCCAGUCUGUUCAGUUCCCAGUUAGUUACACUGACUCACCCUCACUUCAACUUCAGACGGUUACCCAUGUGAAUUCCCCACUACCGAAUAUGAAGACAUUAUUUCGCGAGUCUGUAGAGCAUAGCGUUCACGUAUGUCGUACCGUGGUGUGUCCUCCGAGAUCUGGAGAAUUUGUUAAUGUGUCUGUAAGCAAAUGUAUACCUGAUAGGACAAUUAUAUUGUUCCAUGCUGAUCCUGAUGGUAUUAACUCUCUUAUGAUUCCGAGGUCGCUGGUGUGCAUCUCUGGCAAUCGUGCGAAUGUUUGGGUCGUAAAUCCAUCUCGAAGUCCUGUUAAAUUCAAGAAUGGGAAGAAACUCGGUAGUGCAGAGAUAAUUUCAUGUCACUCUGGAACACAAGUUUUUUUAACACCUGUAAAUAGUACAGCCUCCACGGAACUGUCUUCCCCCAUCUCAUUCUCGCUUUCACAUCUGGCGCAAAGUCAAAGAGAACAAAUAGAAAAUAUUUUGAACAAACAUAUCGAUUUGUUUACGGGUGAUAGAUCUUCCAUUGGUACUGUUCCCGGAAUCUUGCAUUCAGUUUUUCAGUGUUAGACGCACGCAGUGCUUACUGGAGCGUUCCUCUUAAUCCCACUGAUCGUGCUAAGACGGCAUUUACUGAUGGCACCCGCUUGUAUC